AUGACAAUUCCUCAUGAAAAACAAGUAAAGGGUCUGCAGAUAAAGACUAAGGAAGGACAGUGGAUCGAAGUUGAUCCUUCACCUUCAUCGUUCAUAGUCAUGGCAGGCGAUGUUUGCAUGGCAUGGACAAAUGGAAGAAUCGAAGCACCGUAUCACAUGGUUAUGAUGCAGGGAAAAGAAGAGCGAUAUUCGCUGGGGAUAUUUACUUUUAUUAGGGGUCUGAACAUACAGAUACUUCAAAAACUCAUUGAUGAAGACCACCCACCAAGGUUUAAGGAAUUUGAUCACUACAAGUACAUCCAUUACCAUCGAUACACCAACGUCGGGAAGAAAUCAGAGUGCCCCAUCAUAAUUGAGGCUGUAAUUGUUCAAAAUAAAGAUGCCACCACAUGUUUGUUGGAUCAUAUGCAUGUCUCUUUCAAGUUUUUUCUCUAUUCAAAUAGUAUUUAUAGAAUAAAUACAUAUAAGUUGUGUAAACAUCUUCAAAAUAAAGGUGUUACAACUACGACAUAA